AUGAUUGUCAACAAGCACAAGCCUUGGAUUGAGACUUCAUAUCAUGGAGUCAUAACUGAGAACAAUGACACAGUCAUUUUGGACCCACCUCUUGUAGCCCUGGAUAAAGAUGCACCAGUACCUUUUGCAGGUAAGAUGAUAGCUUAUAAGUUGCAUGAGCAACAACUCCCAUGGGACAGUACAGUGUUGAAUAGCAGUGAUGGAAGUGGUCGACUCCGACUCAUGAGCCCCAUUGACUGUGAGCUCCAGAAGGAGUACACAUUCAUCAUCCAGGCCUACGACUGCGGUGCCGGGCCCCGGGAGACAGCCUGGAAGAAGUCGCAUAAGGCCGUGGUCCAUAUCCAGGUGAAGGAUGUCAAUGAGUUUGCUCCUACCUUCAAAGAGCCAGCCUACAAGGCCGUUGUCACAGAGGGCAAGAUCUAUGACAGCAUCCUGCAGGUGGAGGCUGUUGAUGAGGACUGCUCCCCCCAGUACAGCCAGAUUUGCAACUAUGAAAUCAUCACGACUGAUGUGCCUUUUGCUAUCGAUAGGAAUGGAAACAUCCGGAACACAGAGAAGCUGAACUACGACAAGCAACGCCAGUAUGAGAUCCUGGUGACUGCCUACGACUGUGGGCAAAAGCCGGCUGCUCAGGACGCCCUGGUGCAGGUGGAUGUGAAGCCGGUGUGCAAGCCUGGCUGGCAAGAUUGGGCCAAAAGGAUUGAGUAUCAGCCUGGUUCUGGGAGUCUGCCCUUGUUUCCCAGCAUCCACCUGGAGAUGUGCGAUGGACCCGUGUCCUCCAUCCAGAUCACCACAGAGCUGCAGACCAAUUACAUCGGGAAGGGCUGUGACCGGGAGACCUACUCUGAGAAAUCCCUUCAGAAAUUGUGUGGAGCCUCCUCUGGCAUCAUUGACCUUUUGCCUUCACCCAGCACUGCCACCAACUGGACUGCGGGCCUGCUGGUGGACAGCAGCGAGAUGAUCUUCAAGUUUGAUGGCAAGCAGGGUGCCAAGAUCCCUGACGGGAUUGUGCCCAAGAACCUGACAGACCAGUUCACCAUCACUAUGUGGAUGAAGCAUGGCCCCAGCCCAGGUGUGAGAGCUGAGAAGGAAACUGUCCUCUGCAACUCAGAUAAAACAGAAAUGAACCGGCAUCACUACGCUCUGUAUGUGCAUAACUGCCGCCUUGUCUUCCUCUUGCGAAAGGACUUUGACCAGGCUGACACCUUUCGACCCGCAGAGUUCCACUGGAAGCUGGACCAGAUUUGUGACAAGGAGUGGCAUUACUAUGUCAUCAAUGUGGAGUUUCCAGUGGUUACCUUAUACACGGAUGGAGCAACAUAUGAACCGUAUCUGGUGACCAACGAUUGGCCCAUUCAUCCGUCUCACAUAGCCAUGCAACUCACAGUUGGCGCUUGUUGGCAAGGAGGAGAAGUCACCAAACCCCGGUUUGCUCAGUUCUUCCACGGCAGCCUGGCCAGUCUCACCAUCCGCCCUGGCAAAAUGGAGAGUCAGAAGGUGAUUUCCUGCUUGCAGGCCUGCAAGGAAGGGCUGGAUAUUAAUUCCUUGGAAAGCCUCGGCCAAGGAAUAAAGUAUCACUUCAACCCCUCGCAGUCCAUCCUGGUGAUGGAAGGUGACGACAUUGGGAACAUCAACCGCGCCCUCCAGAAGGUCUCCUACAUCAACUCCAGGCAGUUCCCUACAGCGGGUGUGCGGCGCCUGAAAGUCUCUUCCAAAGUCCAGUGCUUUGGAGAAGACGUGUGCAUCAGCAUCCCCGAUGUGGAUGCCUAUGUAAUGGUUCUGCAGGCCACCGAACCCCACAUUACCCUCCGAGGCACAGAUCGCUUCUGGAGGCCUGCCACGCAGUUUGAAAGUGCCAGAGGGGUGAUCCUCUUCCCAGACAUCAAGAUCGUGAGCACCUUUGCCAAAACUGAGGCCACCAGGGACUUGAAAACCACAGGGACAGCUCCCAAAUACACAGUCUUAGAAGAAAUGCUUCACAACUUAGAUUUCUGUGAUAUUCUGGUACUUGGAGGGGACUUGGACCCAAGACAUGAGUGCUUGGAGCUCAACCACAGUGAGCUCCACCAGCAACACCUGGAAGCCACCAACUCCACCGCAGGCUACUCCAUCUACGGUGUGGGCUCCAUGAGUCGCUAUGAGCAGGUGUUGCACCAUGUCCGCUACCGCAACUGGCAUCCAGCUUCUCUCGAGGCCCGGCGGUUCCGGAUCAAGUGCUCCGAACUCAACGGUCGCUACACCAGCAAUGAGUUCAACCUGGAGGUCGGUGUCUUCCAUGAGGUCAGUGUCUCAGACAAGGAGCAUGUCAACCACCUUAUCGUGCAGCCUCCCUUCCUCCAGUCCGUCCAUCACCCCGAGUCUCGGAGCAGCAUCCGGCACAGUUCAGUGGUCCCAAGCAUUGCCACGGUGGUCAUCAUCAUCUCCGUGUGCAUGCUCGUGUUUGUCGUGGCCAUGGGUGUGUACCGGGUCCGGAUUGCCCACCAGCACUUCACUCAGGAGACUCAGGCUGCCAAGGAGGCCGAGAUGGAUUGGGAUGACUCUGCACUGACUAUUACCAUCAACCCAAUGGAGAAACAUGAAGAACCAGGGCGUGGAGAGGACGAGACUGAGGAAGAGGAGGAGGAGGAAGGAGAGGAAGACAUAAGCUCCGGCAGCAGCGACUCAGACGACAGUGAAGAUGACGAGGAGGAGGAAGAGAUAGGCCGAGGCAGACAUGGGCAGAGAGGCACCAGGCAAGCCCAGCUGGAGUGGGAUGACUCCACCCUCCCCUAUUAG